UCCAACCCAGAUUCCCAAUACUACGACUCCCAAAAAUCUCCGUUGUAGUUGAAAUUACACCCAAACAGAAAACAGAGCGAGACAAGGCAAAUUGGAUCUUGAAAAAUUGAAAAGGAAUGGAAAUUGGAAGUAGCAGUGCUAAGAAAAUAAUACCGGAAUCAGUAAUGGAGGCAGUGAAGAGAACGUCGAGUAACAUAGAUGAAGUUAAAGCCAAUUUGGAAGAGUUCUUGAAAUACUGUGAUUCUGAAACCCUUUCUCAAUUGGAGCCUCUUGAAAGGGCCCAGGCCCUCUUCUUGAUUGCUAAAGCCAACACUACUCUCGUAACCUUGAGGAUGAGAUGCAGAGGUGUGAACCCAGAUAACCAUCCCGUCAGAAAAGAGAUAGAGAGAUUAAGUUUGUAUGAGGAGAAACUGCAGAAAUGCAUGGAUUUGAGUAAAGCUCCAAUGCGACCUUCAGCCACCAUUAAUCCCAUGGCGGCAGCCCGCUUUAUUGAGCAUUCCUUACCUAACCUUUCACCAGAGCAGAAGAAAAGCAUGAGGGAAAUCAGUCGUGGUGAGGUGACAAGGAUUAAAUAUGUGGAUAGAAGUGUCCAUAAGAAGAGAAAAUAUCAGUCAUCUGAGAAGCAAUCUGUUCGUGAUGCUGCACAACAAUUUCUUGAGAAAGCAGCAUGUGAGCUCUUAGGUGACAAUCAAAGUGGUAUUAAAGGACCUUUACAACCUGAAAAUUCCGAUGAUGAUUGCAUUGUUCUAGAUUGAUCCUCCGUGCAGGGGGUUGAAUGUACCGUAUUCACGAUCUAUUUUCACACGAUAGGCGACUCUGGUAUGCGAUCACAGAGACAGUUUUCCAGUUCUGGGUAUUCCCCUCCCUAAUGAGAGAGCAGUCAGUGUUAAUGGUUGUAAUUUUGGAGGUUCUUGAAUACCCCCAGAAGUCAUAAUGAACCUGUGUAUCGUGGGGCUGCUGUUUGGUAGCACUUGAAAAUGUUUCAUGACCUUUUCUGAAUUUUGAAAAUGAUGUUAAAAUGUUAUUUGUUUCCAUGUGAAGAAGCAUAAUUGCCCUUUUCAUUUGGGGAUUCUCAAUUUCCCAUUAUAAUCAAACAAGGGGUUUUUGUCAA